AUGGCAUCGAUCCGUUUGGUGGCCGUUACGGUGUGUGUGUUGGCAGUGACCUACACGGUCUCGGGACGACCACAGUUUCCGUUCCUGCAAGGAGGCAUCGGACUGCAGACACCAAUUGGGGGCAUACAUCUUGGUGUACCUACCGGGCUGACGGUGAAUGUUGGUCGAAAACCUCCUGAGCAACCACCAGUUCAGGCCAUUCCCGUUGAGGUCACACCCGUCUCGACUACGCCACUUCCCGAAAGCACACGGAUUCCUACAACCAGUGGCUUAGGGGUGCGUCUGGAUGAAUCCCCGCAACCGGUGUCAUCAUCCACCGAAGGAACCAUGCCGGUGGAUGAACAGGAGCUAAACUCUCUGGAACCGUGUCCGGGCGUUGACCCGGCGCCGGAAUCAACCGAUGACGAAUCUGCCACGACAACGGAAGUGCCGUGCGGUGGAAUCGGAGCUGGAAACAGGAUCAACCCGAAGCAGGCCGCGUUGCUUUCACUCGUCGGGUAAACCGGACAUCGAUCCGGUCCGGCUCGUAAUGGCGGAUUUUGGCAAUCUCGCUCCGGGGGCAAAACCUCGCUAA